CAAAACUUUGAUUAGUCCAUAAGAGUAGUCUACUUAAUUAUUUUCGAUAACUUAUUAACUUGGUUAUGAGAACAUAAAAAGAAAAAAGAAAAAAAGAAAAAUGAAUACUUUACGUGCUUGUCGUCAUCAUCAGCAUGUCUUAAUUAUGCUUCUUGUUCUACUUCAUUCCUCUCUGUUUUGUUUAGCUUCAAAGAUGGAUGUUUCUUAUAAUUAUGAUGAACGAAACAUCAUGAUCGACGGUGACCAGAAACGUUUUCUCACAACUUCAUCUCGACAUGGCAAGGAACAUGUAGCAUGUACGAAUCAAGAACCUGAUCCCGGUCCGCUGACACGUAUUUCUUGCAAUGGACCUGGAUAUGUUAUGACGAAGAUCAAUUUCGCUGAGUAUGGUAAUCCCACUGGUACAUGUGGACACUUUAGACACGGCAAUUGCCGCUCACAAGCGACCAUGAGGAUCGUCAAAAAGAAUUGUCUUGGAAAAGAGAGGUGUCACCUUUUUGUUACGGACGAGAUGUUCGGUCCGAGCCACUGCGAAGGAGCUCCUAUGCUCGCUGUUGAAACCACUUGUACAAAAGCUUAGGUUUUCAUAUAUAUUAGUUUUCUCCCUUUUAGAUCUCGUUUUGGACAAGUUUUUGUGUUUCUCGUUUUUUCCAUGCUUGGAUCUUUAUGUUGUCGAUCAUCAUGUUUUAAAUGUUUGA